AUGGCCCUGCCCCCACCUCUGGGCCCUAGACUCCCCUCAGAGCCCCUCAACCACCCCCCUGGAGCCCCUAGGGAACUGGACAUUGCUGGAUGUACCAUCUGCCCUGCAUCUGGAGAGGAGAGAAUCAGACCGGACCAGGCCCAGAAACUGGGGCAAGACGCCUUGGACCCUCCCCAACACUUCCAGGGUGGGUUGAGGGGCACUGAGCCUGCUGCUGGUCCCCUCAGAUUGCCAACACCCUCUUCCAGUGAGGACCCAGCUGGGGGCAAACCGUGUGAGCACCUCAGCUCCGGCCAGGAGGUAUUGGAGGCCGAGCAGGACAGCCUAGCCCUAUGCCUGUUGGGGCUGGGCCUCCGGCUGCAGGACCAAGAGCAAGGCCUGGGGCCCUGGGCAUCAGCCCAGAGCAGGAUGGGCCAGCUGCAGGCCCUCCAGGCAGACCUGCGUGGGGCAGCUGAGCGUGUAGAUGCCCUGCUGGCGUUGAGUGAGGGGCUGGCACAGCGGAGUGGGCCUCGGGCCCAGGCAUCGCUGGAGCAGGUCCUGAGGGCCCUCAGAGCCCACCGAGGCAGCAUCUUUCGGCGACUGUGGUGGCUGGAGGCCCAGCUGGUCAGCUCUAGCCUGGUAUUUGAGGAGGCCAGCCCACUGGAUCAGGACUUGGAAGUCGAGGGGAACUUGGACGGGCCAGGACCUGGUGGGGUCUGGGGGCCCUGGCCACCCAGUAGCUACCCCACUCCCGCAGAGUUGGAGUGGGACCCGGCAGGGGAUGUUGGAGGCCUCAGGCCCUUGGGGCAAAAGACAGCCUGGACACCAGGAGCUCCCUGUGAGCUGUGUGGCCACAGAGGCCCCCAGGGCAGGGGACAAGGCCUUGAGGUGAGAGACACCUCUCUUUCCCCACAGGACAUGCUCAUGUCGGGCUUCAACCACCGGAAACACUUGGCAGGUCACCAAAGAUGUUCCCUGCUCCAGAAGUCUCAGGACAAGAAGCAAGCAUCUCCCAAUCUCCAGGACUUGAAGUUGGAGGUAGACCCCGGAGCCCCUCCUCCUGCAUCCGGGCACUCCCUGACCUUCCUCCUCCUCCUCCUCUUCCUUCUCCUGGUGGGUGCCAUGUUGCUCCUGCCACCUUCAGGGAGCUCCUGCUGCUGUCCUGCCCGACUGACCAGGACACCUUAUCUGGUGCUCAGCUAUGUCAAUGGUCCCCCCCCAAUCUGA